ACACGUUAAAACUUGCUCACUCUAACCACCAACAUUACGACUUAAACGAAGCCGUAAUACCGACAAAUAAUAUUAGUUUAAUGUGCCCUCUGACCUACAUGUAUGCUCAGAUGUGAUUGAUUUCCUAUUUGUAAGCUUUUCUGCCACCUAGUGUAUGGAAUAAAUGUAACCUAUCGAUCAGCUUUUACUAAACUUCCUCGUUGAGAUUCUGCAGUACAGACAGUGAAUGUUUAAGAACACGGUGAAAAAUGUGGAGCUGUUUGUUUUUAUCUUGUGUGAUGGGUGUGUUUGGUGUUGAUGCAGAUGAAGUGAAGUCAGUGUCAGUGAUGGAGGGAGAUUCUGUCACUCUACACACUGAUCAAACUGACAUACAAGAAGAUGAUCAGAUACUGUGGCUGUUUGGACCACGAGAAACUCGUAUAGCUGAAAUCACCAAAUGGACCAAUUUGAGCUCUGUGUAUGACAAUGUUGAUAAUGGAAGAUUCAGAGACGGACUACAGCUGAACAAUCAGACUGGAUCUCUCACCAUCACAAACAUCACAAGCACAGACUCUGGACUUUAUCAACUACAGAUCAUCAGAAACACAGGAGUUUUAUACAUGAGAUUUGCUGUUGGUGUCUAUGCUCGUCUGCCUGUUCCUGUCAUCAUCAGAAACUCUUCUCAAUGUUCUUCAUCAUCAGAAAGAUCUUCAGUGUCAAAAUGUGUGUUGUUGUGUUCAGUGAUGAAUGUGACACGUGUGAGUCUCUCCUGGUACAAAGGAAAGAGUUUAUUGUCCAGCAUCAGUGUGUCUGAUCUCAACAUCAGACUCUCUCUACCUCUGGAGGUGGAAUAUCAGGAUACAAACACAUACAGAUGUGUCGUCAACAAUCCCAUCACAAACCACACACAACAUCUACACAUCACUGAUGUCUGUCAGCCGUGUUCAGACUUCGCACAAGUACCUUCAUUUCUUUAUCCAGUGUUUCUUCUAUCGUUUGUGGUCUUUACCAUCUGUGCUAUAUUGUGUUGUCUAUACAGCAAAAACCAAACAGGCAUUAAAAAUGAAACGGGUGAGAAGGACAUGUCAGAAUACACAGAGGUCAUCUACAGAGAGAUCAUCUGAAGUCUCUAUCAAUAAACAACACAGUGAAAGUCAAGAUUAAACCCCAGAGAGCUGCAAGCACAUAUCAUUUAUUCUACAUACAUUUGAACAUGUAUUUUAUAGCGUUAAAUGAACAAAACGAAUGCUGUAAAUGUCUACCUUUAAACAUUGUACUGAAUUCAUGCGUUUGUGCUGUUUGUGUAAAUGUUUUUCAGUUCUCUUCAGUAGAUUCACACAUUUUGUGGGCUGUAAGCUCGAUUAAGAUCUGAGCUGAAUGUGGUUCCAUCUGCUCGCUGAUGCAUGAAAUAAAAUCUGAGAUGAUCUGUUAGAAAGUAUGUGUUGUGCAUUUAUGUCUCUUUGAGCACAUGUGUGAGUGUGAGAAAUGGGUUUUCAUCUCAUUUCCACGAAUAAACUUUAAU